AGCUGAGCCACGCCGGGGCGAGCGCUCUCAGUGCGAGCUGAGUGUGGAGCCGGAGGCCGACGGCGACUGCUCUCGCCGCUCCAGUCCUCCGGCUGCCGGACCCCGGCUGCGGCGCAGCUCCGCCGCCCGCCGCCCCGCGGAGAAGGAAGCAUGCUGGCCGUCGGCUGCACGCUGCUGCUCGCCCUGCUGGCCGCGCCCGCGGUCGCACUGGUCCUCGGGAGCUGCCGCGCGCUGGAGGUGGCAGAUGGUACGGUGACGAGCCUUCCGGGGGCCACUGUUACCCUGAUCUGCCCCGGGAAGGAAGCGGCAGGCAACGUUACCAUUCACUGGGAGUUCUCUGGCUCACAGAACAGAACGUGGACUGCCAGGGGAAGCACUCUGGUUCUGAGGGCCGUGCAGAUCAGUGACACUGGGGACUACUCGUGCUUCCUGGAUGAUCACCUGGUUGGGACUGUGCCCUUGCUGGUGGAUGUUCCCCCAGAGGAGCCCAAGAUCUCCUGCUUCCGGAAGAACCCCCUCGUAAAUGCCAUAUGCGAGUGGCGUCCGAGCAGCACACCCUCUCCAACCACAAAGGCUGUGCUGUUUGCAAAGAAAAUCAACACCACCAAUGGGAAGAGUGACUUCUGGGUGCCCUGCCAGUAUUCUCAGCAGCUGAAAAGCUUCUCCUGCCAGGUGGAGAUCCUCGAGGGUGACAAAGUGUACCACAUAGUGUCACUGUGCGUCGCGAACAGUGUGGGAAGCAAGUCCAGCCCCAAUGUAGCGUUUCAGAGCUUAAAAAUGGUGCAGCCGGAUCCACCUGCCAACCUAGUGGUGUCAGCCAUACCCGGAAGGCCUCGCUGGCUCAAAGUCAGCUGGCAAGACCCUGAGUCCUGGGACCCAAGUUACUACUUCCUGAAGUUCGAGCUUCGAUACCGACCUGUAUGGUCAAAGACGUUCACAGUGUGGCUGCUCCAGGCGGCCCAGCACCAGUGUGUCAUCCAUGAUGCCUUGCGAGGCGUGAAUCACGUGAUACAGAUCCGUGGGAAGGAGGAGUUUGACCUUGGCCAGUGGAGCGAGUGGUCCCCGGAGGUCACGGGCACUCCUUGGAUAGCAGAGCCCAGGACCACGCCGGCAGGGAUCACCUGGAGCCCCACACAGGUCUCUGUUGAAGACUAUGACAACCAUGAAGAUCAGUACAGAAGUUCUACAGAAGCAACGAGUGUCGUCGCUCCAGUGCGAGAAUCCUCGUCUGUAUCCCUGCCCACAUUCCUGGUGGCUGGAGGAAGCCUGGCGUUUGGGUUGCUCCUCUGUGCCUUCAUCAUCUUGAGACUCAGGAAGAAAUGGAAGUCACAGGCCAUGAAGGAAAGCAAGACGACCUCUCCUCCACCCCCUCCGUAUUCCUUGGGACCACUGAAGCCGGCCUUCCUUCUGCUUCCUCUCCUCACCCCAUCAAGGUCCCGUGACAGCUCUGGGUCUGACCACACCGUAAGCCACAGCUGCUUAGGUGUCAGGGACGCACAGAGCCCUUAUGACAAUGGCAACAGAGACUACUUAUUCCCCAGAUAGUCGUCUGGAUGGUACCUGGCAGCUGGCACGGCACCUCGAGAUCAGCACACAAGUUUCUCACUUCCGGUGCCAUCCACCUGGGCUGGGGGCGGGGCAGGCGGGGCUGCAGAGUUAGCAUCCCACAAGAGCUCUGCAAAGGUUCUGAGUGGGGGAAGACCGGAACGCUACCUAGGCUCCGGAGGAAGGGGCUGUGAAGAACUCAGGCCAUCGUGAAGAUUGCGUCGAAUAGAGACGCCGGUCAGCUACACAUCUGCACCCUCAGGAAGCCGCGGGAAAGGGUGCCGAGGCUGCCCCUGUUGCCUAGCUCCAGCUCACUGCCCCAAGCCACCUUUUAGCCUGAUCUCCUAAAGCCAAGCACCUUUGUCACUCUUUCCGAGGCCACUGAGACCGGGAGGAAGCUUGGUUCUUCUUUCCUUCUCAACACCUGGAAAGCAGCUGGCCCGUGGUGACUAAUCUCUCAGGGCCUGAUGGUUUACGUGAAUGACAGUUUCUCAUAAGCAGUUUUAAAAUGUGAAUGAUAAUCCUCGGCACUGCUGGCUGUGGAGGUUUUAUUUUCUUCUUCGAUCUCAGGACUUCAGGAGAGAAGCAGAACGGAAGUAGAGAGUGGAUGGCUGUCUACUGUCUGUGUGGUACAUGAGGGCGAUACAGCCUGGAAACAGGUUUCCUGUCCCCCUGCUCUCCCGGAAGAGGGCUGGUGGUAGGGGGUGAGAGUACAACUACUUUACCCCAGCCUCACCCAUACUGGUUUUAACCGGACUGAUUGGAGCUACUAGGAAAGACGACAUUCAUGCAAAACAAAAACUUUAACUAGCUGGAAUGCACUUUCAUUUUGGUUUUUAGAGAACUGUUGCGGGUUUAUCUCCAGACUCUGGAAGAGGCCGCUCACAGCUCCCUGGUGGGUGAGCGCCCCCUCCUCCCAUGGAGUAAACGCCAAGUCAAGUGAAAAUCGAGAAAAAAAAGCAGCCCAGUUUCCUAUAACAGAAAAAGCCUUUGGUUUCGUUUUGUAUCUUGAUUUUUUUUUUUUUUUUUGUCCUAAAAACUGUAAAAAUAGUCUGUCCAUACUCUGCUUCAGGGAAUGAGCCUGUGAAUGCUACCAGGCGCAGGCAGGAAGGGUGUCUGCUUCCUGCUACACCUCACUGCCACCUUGGGCCUUCCUUGCUUACAUUUGACUGAGUGGCCUCCGCUGCUUUCCCUUGGGGCUUUGAGGAAUCCAGUGAUGUUAGUGGUUGCUGAGCAGACCACAGGGCCACGGAGCGAUGCUCAGAUUAAAGUGAGUUAUGCAACCACAGCACCCCACGUCUGCCCACAGCACCCCACGUCUGCCGUCCUACACAACUUCGCCAGUAGCUUGCCUUUUCAGAAAAUCCCACCACCACAGGCCGGCAGAGCUUGGACGCUGUCAUCCCGUGCCAGCUGAUUGCCAGCUCCAAGGGGCCACUGACUUUAGCAUUAGUUAUUUCCUUUGUGGGCUUUGUACAUUUUAGGUCCUGUUGCUGUCUUAGAAAAAGCUCUGUAGAAAAAUCAGGCAGGGAUUCAUGUUUAUUUUUAUUUUUUCCUUUGCUAAGUUUUUGGGACUCAAAGGUAGCAAAAAUGCUGUGAAAGGGAAAUAUUAGAAAUAUUAGAAAUAGUGAUCUUCAGGGGAUGGGUGACUGUGCCCUCUCACAGUGCUUCAGUCCCUCACAGGGCUCUGCCAGGCAGGGCAGGUGGGGCAGAAGAUUGAAAUCCAGAUAGCUCAUUAUCUCUGAGAGCUAAAGAGCUUUGAUCUCCAAGUUGUUAUUGCUUUCACUAUUGUUGUAACAGGAUAGCCUUCCCUCACCCCCAUAUCAAAAGGAAGCCUUUUCCUUUCGACUUUUUAUAAGCUAAGUCAAUGAAGUCUGUUUCAUCUGAGCUCCAGCUUCGUUCAGUUCACACAGGUGUAUGCCCUCAGCUGCUCUGGCCUCAAAUCUGUGCCAGCUGAGUGGCUGUCCCAUCCUCGGGUCAGUCUUACUGGAGUUUCUACAACCCACAGAUGCCUUGUCAACAGUACCAUUUAACACCAGCAUUCAGCCACCAGGUGGCCAGAUGCUGAAGGUUUAGACAGAGAUGAUUUAAACAUGGUCUUUGCUGCAUGGUAGACAGUGGGGAACACAUACUGGUUCUAGUUCUAAAGUGAUCUUUGCUUCUUCUGGCAUUAGUGAAAUAGCUUUAAACUAUUUCAAGGGAGAAGCCUUGGCCACACCCAAGGCCACACCCAUGACAUUUGGUGGUAGUCCUUUCUCUCCAGGAGCCGUGCUUCUCACCUGGCUGAGAGCUCACACUGAAUCUUUCCUGUGUCCCUGGCGUCUUGGGAGAAAGGAAACUGGUGUGGGCUUUACUGCUGGAACUGGCUGGGAGCCAGUGCAAAGCUGAGCCCAGCAGGGUGAGGCAGGGUUAGCUAUGGUGUGCUGGUUUCAGGAAUGCCUGCUUUGCCUGGUGGCUUGGACUAUGAAUUGCAGAGUUUCCUAGCAGUUCUGUAUGGCUGACCUAGUUGGGGAAGAUUCCCACACAACUCCAGGUGGAGGUGGUGAGAAACCUGUUUUCAUUUGGAGAGGCAGGAUCAUCCCAAGAGCCUUUUCCAUGGUGUGGUCCAGCCUACAGCGAGGUGUGGCGGAAGAUGCAGGCUAGCUGGCUCAGGUCCUGGUGCUGGUGCUUGGGAGGGUCUGCCGAAGGUCUCUCCAGCCUCUAGUGCUGGUGCAGUUGGGUGCCAGUUCCAGGAGGUUUCCAUGGCAACCUUAAUGCCUAUUAGGGAACACUGUCAGUUUUGUGAACAUAUGCUAGAUGGAGAUCUUGUUUUCAGGGAAAGGAUUGGGACAGUGCUUAGCAAAUAGGAACGGACAGAGACUUUCUGGCAAGAGCUCACACCCGUUAAAUAGGAUACCUCAAUGCUACAUGUUUUUGUCUUUGAGACAAUAUUUUUUUUAAGGUUUUUACACUCUCUUACCUGUAAGCUGAUACCUAAGACUUUCGGCAAAGUCAGUGUUUUUUAAUGCCUUUUCCCCCAUUGUUUGCUUUAAAGUGAAAUUUGUAACUGUUUGAAAUAAAUAAUUUCUAAAACUGUA